CACGACGAGCCGCGGGCCAACAUGGACUUACGGCAGCUCAUUUAUUCGAUUUUGUUGGGAAGUCUGUGCAUCUCCCGAGGUGAAACUUUGGGAUGCCGACGUCGCCAGUGGCAGUGUGAUGAUGAAAAGUGUAUUCCUGAUGUCUGGAGAUGUGAUGGAAGUGCAGACUGUCUGGAUGGAUCUGAUGAAAUGGAUUGCACUGCUCUUCCAGGUGCUCCUGAAUGUCCGCCAGGUCAGUUUCCUUGCGUUGACACCAUCGGCUGCGUUGAUGCGUCGGCCCGCUGUGACGGACAGAAGCAAGGGCUGCCUGGACUCUGA